AUGGACAUCCAGGCAAAGAACAGACAGGUGUGGAAGGACGAGUACUGGCUAAAUCCCUGGGACGAGGGUGCCCUGGCCAUCAUCUUCCUUUUCAUCACCAUGGUCAUGUUACUCAUCUUGUUGGCUGUGACCUUCGGCAACUUCCCUCUGUUUAAGAGGGAUGACUGUGAAGACCAGUGA